AUGAUGGAGUUGCUCAAGAUCCUGGGCAAGCGGCUUAAUUUCGAGGCGCGUCGCGAUGUCGAGGGAUUCUACGAAGUGGUCAUUAUGCACGACGCCUACGCAAAAAACUUUAUCCGCACCGAAGUAUUCAACAGCUCCAAAGCCAGUAGCUACACGAAGCACGUGGCCUUCCUGGACUUCGACCAACUGGACGAACCCUGGCCCAUAUACAUCAAUUUGGUUCGAGAUCCCGUCGAGCGGCUGGUCAGCUGGUUCUACUAUGUCCGCGCACCCUGGCAUUUAGCCGAGAGAAAGGAAAUGUACGGGGAUGCCAUCGUUCUGCCCAGCAUAGAUUGGCUCAAGAAGGACUUUAACCGCUGCAUCGAGGAACGCGAUCCCGAGUGUGUGUACGAGCAAAUGGAAUUGGGCAACCUGGGAGAUCAUAGGCGACAGUCACUGUAUCUCUGCGGUCAGAACAUGGCGGUGUGCAUGUGA